AAAGAAGCUUUCACUGACUUUCUAAUCUUUCUUUUUCCUUUUGAUUGUGGUCGAGUCGUCGUCCGUCUUCCAUCGAAAUAAGAAGCCCUGCAUUUCAAAGCAAACCCUAAUUUCUAUCAGACUUCUCGCAAGGUACGCUGCCGUUUCAAUCCUCUCCAGUUUGAACUUCGAAGAAAGUGAAAUAUCUUUAGUUAUCUGGUAUAGCAAAUGGAGAGUCUUGAAGGAAAAGUACAAUUUACAUCCCUUUCGAAAGAGAAGAAUACGUACCUCAAUGUUAAUGAGGACUGUAACGAUCCCUUUUUAUGGCCUGUGCCCAAGGGUGUGAACAACAACAACAACAAUAAUCAGAUAGUUGCUAAAUCCUCCUCGAUUGGAGAUUAUGUCGCUUUCGAGUUUCCCCAAGAUUACAUUGGUGAUUCUAGUUAUGAUAGUUGUGCUUCCGCCAACUUCAAUGCUCCUCCGGAGGUGGAGGUCAACUUGAAAAACGUGUUUGGUGGGAUCGUUGCGAUUUUAACUGGGCGGAAUAAAGACUCUAGUAGCAGUAGUGUUUCUGUAAAUAAACAGCAGCCCGGUUCAGAUGUUUCGUUUCUGGGCUCGGAGAAGAAUGGGGACACAUAUUUGCACUCUUCGGUUUAUAUUCCGAGUGCGCCGCCCGAGCCGAAUGGGUUCAAUUAUGCUGUGUAUAAAGCGGUGUUGGAAGCUGAACCACCUGAGUGGUUGCCGGAUAGUUCUACUACAGUUUGUAUGCAGUGUACUUCUCCCUUUACAGUGGUUACUCGUGGAAGGCAUCAUUGUCGUUUUUGUGGUGGAGUUUUUUGCAGAACAUGUACUAAAGGACGGUGUUUGUUACCGGCUAAGUUUAGGGAGAGGAACCCCCAGAGGGUUUGUGAUGCCUGCUAUGACAGGCUCGAUCCUUUACAAGGAGUUCUUAUUUGUACCAUUAGCAAUGCUAUGCAAGUGGCGAAACAUGAUGUAAUGGAUUGGACAUGCAUGAGAGGAUGGUUGAACCUGCCAGUUGGUUUGUCAAUGGAACAUGAGAUAUAUAAAGCAUCCAAUACAUUGAGAAGCUAUUGGCAGGUAUCUACGCUGAAUCCUGAGAAGUCCAUACCCCUAGCAGUUAUGAAAGGAGCCAAAGGCUUGGCAAUCUUAACAGUUGUCAAAGCUGGUGCAGUAGUUGCUUACAAAUUUGGAACUGGUUUAGUCAUUGCUCGGAGAUCAGAUGGAUCAUGGUCUGCCCCUUCAGCAAUAUGCUCAAUUGGUUUAGGAUGGGGCGCUCAGAUUGGAGGUGAGCUAAUGGACUACAUAAUUGUGCUCCAUGAUUUCAAAGCCGUGAAAACGUUUUGUAGUCGCAUGCAUUUUUCUCUUGGAGCUGGUUGCAGUGCUGCAGCAGGCCCUGUUGGGAGGGUGCUGGAAGCAGAUCUUCGUGCUGGGGAUAGAGGAGCUGGCAUGUGCUAUACUUAUAGCUGUAGCAAAGGGGCAUUUGUGGGAGUGUCGCUAGAAGGAAACAUUGUAGCAACGAGGAUGGAUACCAAUCUAAAGUUUUAUGGUGAUCCUUAUCUCACAACUGCUGACAUUCUUCUUGGGACUGUGGAUAGACCUAAAGCUGCAGAACCCCUAUACGCUGCUCUCAGAGAACUGUACUCAAGUCUACUGCAUUAGUACUUGUGCCAGCCCGCCUUUCAUGUAGCAUCCAGGCUAAAGCCUUGUCGCAUCGUGAUAGAAUUCUCUGAUGAGAGAUGUGCGCUUGCCCCAAAGCUUAAUUCAGCAUCUUCGAAUCGUAAAAUUGUUUAGUGUACAGGACCAUUUCAUGUGACAAACGACAACCCGUAAUGUCAUACUUAUGAUAUUUCAUUCAAAUGUCUCUGAAACUGCCUGAUGGUUGCUUGUAUAGACACUUGUAUAUAUACAGUUCCAUAGUGAUUGUUUGUGUA